AUGUCCAAUAGUGAAAGAAGAAAAAAGCUAGAAGAAUUAGCUGCCAAGCGUAGAGCAGAAGUGGAGGCGGCUGAAGGACAUGAAGAAGAAAAAACAAAACAAAAAGAGUCAAGAUCACUUGGUUCUUCAAGAGAAAAAAAAUCAAAUCCUCCUCCUCGUUCUUCACAAGCAAAAAGAAAACCACCCCCGACAUUAAAACCGAAAGUUGAACGAGCAGUGACUCAAGACGAAUCUGAUGAUGAUGGAUUCAUCGUUGAAGACGAUGAUGUAACCGCUUCUGAAAGUCAAACUUCAUCUGACGAAAACUUUAGUGGGUCUGAUGAACCUUUGGUGUCAGAUUAUUCGGAUGACGUUGGACCAAGUAAGAAGAAAAAGAAAAAUGUGCCAAGUGUCAAGAAAACGACCAGAAGUAAUACUAAAAAGGAAAUAAAGAGAAAGAAGGAUGAAAGCAGCGAUGAAGAGGUGAUUCCAAAAAGGACAUCAAAGAGUAAAAAGAAAAAAGCAAAUGGUGAAUCCGAAGAUGAUGAAGCAGUAGUUGGUAUCCCAAAGGAUGAACUUGAAGCGCUUGAUACUUCUCACAUUAUUAAAGGUCGAAGAACGAGAGGGAAAAAAAUAGAUUUCACGGGACAGGAUCCAUAUUCUGACGACGAGUAA